GGCGGGGAGCCCCGGGCGGGGGUCGCUGCGGGGGGCCGGGGCCGGGCCCGGGCCGCGCUCUCCUGGACCGGUUGCUGCCUGCAGGCGCUGCUCUGGCUGCUAGCGGUGAGCGGCGAGGAGCGGCCCUUCAUCGUAGAGAAUUGGUUGAAGACCUAUGGAUAUUUUCUGCCAGAUGACCUCCGGACGUCUGCCCUGCGAUCAGCUCACUCUAUGCAAGCUGCCAUUGCAGCAAUGCAGCGGUUCUACAGGAUCCCUGUGACCGGCGUCCUCGACGAGACUACCAUUGAAUGGAUGAAGAAACCCCGAUGUGGUGUCCUUGAUCUGCCCCACAUUACCCGGAGACAGCGGAGUAAGCGCUAUGCAUUAACCGGUCAGAAGUGGAGACAGAAAUCCAUUACAUACAGCAUUCACAAUUUCACACCCAAAGUGGGAGAGUUUGAGACACGUCGAGCCAUCCGCCGUGCAUUCAAUGUCUGGCAGAAAGUCACACCAUUGGCUUUCAAGGAGAUAUCUUCUCAAGAGAUUAAAAGUGACACAAAGGAAGCAGACAUUGUGAUUUUCUUUGCUUCCGGUUUCCAUGGUGACAGCUCCCCCUUCGAUGGGGAGGGAGGUUUCUUGGCACAUGCUUACUUCCCUGGGCCAGGAAUCGGCGGAGACACACACUUUGACUCUGACGAGCCGUGGACGCUGGGAAACUCCAAUCAUGAUGGCAAUGACCUGUUCCUGGUGGCGGUUCACGAGCUGGGCCAUGCUCUGGGCCUCGAACAUUCCAACGAUCCCAGCGCCAUCAUGGCUCCCUUUUACCAAUACAUGGACACAGACCACUUCAAACUACCACAAGAUGAUCUCCAGGGCAUUCAAAAGAUCUACGGCCCACCCACAGAGACCCUGGGACCCACCAGACCUCUGCCAACACUCUCUGCUCGCAGGAUCCACUCCACUUCAGAGAGAAAACAUGAGAGACAACCUCGGCCUCCUCGGCCACCUUCUGGGGAGAGACCCUCCCACCCCGGCUCCAAACCCAACAUCUGUGACGGACACUUCAACACAGUGGCCUUGUUUCGAGGAGAGCUGUUUGUUUUCAAGGAUCGCUGGUUCUGGCGUCUACGGAACAACCGUGUGCAGGAGGGGUAUCCCAUGCAGAUCGAUCAGUUCUGGAAGGGGCUCCCCACCAGGAUCGACGCUGCCUACGAGAGGUCAGAUGGAAAGUUUGUCUUCUUUAAAGGUGACAAGUACUGGGUGUUCAAGGAGGUGACAGCUGAGCCUGGAUACCCUCAUGGGUUGCUGCAGUUGGGGAAGGGGCUUCCCCGGGAGGGAAUCGACACUGCCCUUCGCUGGGAGCCAGUGGGAAAAACCUACUUCUUCAAAGGAAACAAGUAUUGGAGGUACAACGAGGAGCGACAGGCGUCUGACCCUGGCUAUCCCAAACCCAUCACCAUCUGGAAGGGAAUUCCAGAGUCCCCUCAGGGGGCCUUCGUCAGUAAGGAAGGGAAUUACACGUACUUUUACAAAGGGAAACAGUAUUGGAAGUUUGACAAUCAGAAGCUGAUCGUGGAGCCGGGUUACCCUCGAUCGAUCGUUAGAGACUGGAUGGGUUGCAAUCACAAAGAUGUGGACAUGAAUGGAGACCGGCAUCGGCCCAGUGAUGACGUGGACAUCAUGGUCCAGAUCAAUGAUGUGCCCAGCACCGUGAAUGCCAUCGCUGUUGUCAUCCCCUGCAUCUUGUCCCUCUGCAUCUUGGUGCUCAUCUACACCAUCUUCCAGUUCAAGCAGAAGGGGUCACAGCAGAACCUGGUGGCCUGUAAGCGCUCGGUACAAGAGUGGGUCUGAGCAUCUGUGCGCACAAAUGCAUUGGUUCAUGAGGGCUAUUCGUGAAUGAGGCAGAAAUCUUUCAUCUGUAGGAAGGAUAACUGAGAGUCUGGAAUCUCUGAACCUCGUGGUAUUUGUGGUUUUUCCAUGGACAAGUAAACUGGGGGCUCCCACCACACACAUCUCGCAUCUUUCCUACAAUGCCUCAUUCAUGUUUGUGAUGUGCCAUUGUGUUAGCCCAGUCUGCCUGCGUACGUUGAUACGUCAAUGGGUGGACCUUUCCAAUAAACACGGGCAAGUACCGCAGAGACGCGAGGACGGACUCGGGCCUGCAUUCCUUCUCUGCAGUGUUGUUGAACGGUUACCGGUUUGGCAGAUGUUCGCAGCAGAACAGUCUUUCAAAACUCAAUGUUGAAUGAGAAAAGAUGCUACCGGUCCUCAGACAAAGAUCCGACUCUUCAUGUAACGUCAUUUUAUUACACAUUAAGUGCAACACUGGAGGAAAGAGAACUUAGAUUUGUUAAUCUACAGGGGGAUUAAAACAUUUCAAUGUAUUUUGAAAUAAGUGGGGGCCAAAAUAUCUACAAUAGUUAAACAGCCUUAAAACAUACUUUUUUUGUUAGUUGUUUGGUCAAGUCUUGAAUGUCAACAUUAACAAGUCUUUGUGAGCUAUCAUUAUUGAAACUGUGACCAUGGCGGUUCGAUCAGAGGCCGACCCAAUUCAGGCCUGGAGGCCAAGCAUGCUGAGCGGUCAGUGUUAGCAGUUACCUGUCCAGUGUCCUGGUAGAUCCACCCAUGAGCCACAUGGUCAGUGAGGUGGUCAUUUCUCUGAAGGGGAAAGUAGUGACUUGGAUGUGGCCAGGGUCUGGGUCUGAGCCAAACAGUAUUAUCCCAUGGUCUAUGUGAAAGCGGAGAGUAGGUUUGUCAGGGUAACCAGAUGGAGGAACCGGACUUGGCUCCAGAUGAUACUCUAUGUGUUGCUGCAGCCACAGGCUGCCCAUCCCCCGGGACUGACCUCUAACCCUGGACUAGCUGCGGUCCCCAGACCCCAACCCCCGGUGCUGUCUGCUGACCCCAGGCCAACCCUGGCCCUCAUUCCUUUGGUACUGACCUAUGACCCUGGGCCAACCCCCCCCCCCCGUGGGACUUUUUGCUGUGCAUGAGCUGACUGUGGCCCCCAUUCCCCUCCCUCAAGGGCUGACCAAUCCCUCCCUAGCCCCCAGGACUGACUGCUGACCCCAAAUUCCUUCCUCCCCCCCCCACCCCAAGGCUUCGUGCUGUCAUCAUCCCCCCAAGACACACCAGGGUUCACCUCAACGUCACCAGGGUUCACUGCUGACAUCUGCCCCCAGCACCCAUCACUGAGUACUUCCCCCAACACCCAUCACCGACCGCAGCCCUCAGCCACACUACUGCCCACAGGCCCAGCAAGUCAGCAUGACCUGAGGCUGACUGCUGACCGCUUUCCCCAAAUUGACCACAGUUUUCAGCCACCAGGGAGCAGCACUGAGCCCAGGCUGCUAUCAUCCUGGGUCUGAAUGCUGACCCGAGACCGGUGACUACACUUGGACACCACGAGGCUGAGCACUACCCCCAGGGACUGACCACUGCAAUCAUCCCUGGGGCUCCCCGCUCCGACAGCUUGGAAAGGGGUCUGACAAUGCAGGACCAUCCAGUAUAUGGGGAGUCUCUUUCUGAACAGCUGCACCAACCCCUGUUUACAAUUAAUUGUAAAUUAUGAGCAGAUAAUAAACAUCAUUUAUUUGAUUGGUUGACCAAAAUUGCAGAUAGCCAUUUUAACCUGAUGGGCAAUGUUUCAAUGGCUCUGUUAGGUUUGAUGAGGCUUCAACAGCAGUAAAUGUUCAGCAGUGAUCUUGACUUGGUUAAAGGUUAAAGUGACUUUUCCAUUGACCAGCACAUGAACCACAAACUGGUUUGUCACCAUCACAAUCAGAUGAGUCCAAUUAAAAUUCACUGUGCUGUGGAAUUGACAACAGAAGGCAGCCAGUGUCAGAGAAACUGGGUGUUUAUCAUGUUUGGGAAGGUAGCCGAUGUCAGAGGCAGACUGGGUGUUUAUCAUGUUUAGGAAGGUUCCAGGUAUCAGAGGGAGACUGGGUGUUUAUCAUGUUUAGGAAGGUUCCUGGUAUCAGAGGGAGACUGGGUGUUUAUCAUGUUUGGGAAGGUUCCUGGUGUCAGAGGGAGACUGGGUGUUCAUCAUGUUUAGGAAGGUUCCCGGUGUCAGAGGGAGACUGGGUGUUUAUCAUGUUUGGGAAGGUUCCUGGUGUCAGAGGGAGACUGGGUGUUCAUCAUGUUUGGGAAGGUUCCCGGUGUCAGAGGGAGACUGGGUGUUUAUCAUGUUUGGGAAGGUUCCCGGUGUCAGAGGGAGGCGGUGUUUAUCAUGUUAGGAAGGUUCCUGGUAUCAGAGGGAGACUGGGUGUUUAUCAUGUUUAGGAAGGUUCCCGGUGUCAGAGGGAGACUGGGUGUUUAUCGUGUUUGGGAAGGUUCCCGGUGUCAGAGGGAUACUGGGUGUUUAUCAUGUUUAAGAAGGUUCCCAGUGUCAGAGAGAGACUGGGUGUUUAUCCUGUUUGGGUAGUUUCCCGGUGUCAGAGGGAGACUGGGUGUUUAUCAUGUUUGGGAAGGUUCCCGGUGUCAGAGGGAGACUGGGUGUUUAUCAU